AUGAGCGGGCUGGAGCUUAUUGCACUCGUGCCGAUUGGCAUUGCCGGAUGGAAGCUUUUACAGAAACUGGGAGACCAGCAGAGCCUCAUAGCGCAGCACGAGCUGACCAUCAAUAGCCAGAAAGAGAUGCUGGACUCCAUCGUGAACGCCGAUAGAGCUGGCCCGUUGAGUCGACUCAACCUUGCGGUGGUCGCCGGCACGCUGGUCUUGGCUGGGACGGUGACCUACAAAAACUGGUCACUUACCAAGUCAUUCACGGUUCGCCCACCGCCCAACUACGAGCCCACGCAAGCCACGUUUGACGCGGAGCAGUGCGUCAUUUGCUUAGAAAACUGCAAAGAUACCGUCUUUCUGCCAUGCCGACACCUGUGCACGUGCUGGAGCUGCGCGAGUCGCAUCGGGAACAGUGCCUGUCCGACCUGCCGAGCACCGAUCAAGGCUAUGCAGUUUGUCUACCAGCAAUGA